AUGCUGAAUACGAAAACGGAGGGAAUGAAGAAAAAAUGCAUAUCCAAUAGAUUGAGAUGUAUUCGGUUCUCAUUUAUUUCAUCAUGUGUUAAUUUAGUGAUUUGUUCUUUUGUUGUUCGCUCGUUAGAACAUCAGCCAUUCUUACAACCGAUGAUGAAUUUAUCUUUACAGAAACACUCGAUUUGUUUUUGUAAAUAA